UCUUAUUUCUCUCCUCUGCGCUCUCUUCUCCCUCUCCCCCUCAAUUGACGCUCCUCUGCGCCCCCUCGCUGUCCCUCUCUAGGAAUGAUUUACCUUUCCUUAUGUAUAGUCUUUCCUCUUCUAUAAAUUGAAACAUUCACAUAUAUAAUUGUGUAUUAUGUUAAUUAGGUCUUCCUUUUCUCAAUAUACCGAAGCAUAAGCAGAGUUUAGGGAAUUCUCGAAAUUGAUGGAUGGAACCCACUGCAAUACCGACUGCAAUAAGAGGACAAAGAUCAAGCGUGGAUCAGGGUUUAGGGAUGACAGAAUCAGUGAGUUACCUGAUGAGAUCAUAUACAUAAUUCUAUCUUUCCUACCCUUGAGAGAAGCUGCAGCCACUAGCAUUCUUUCUCACCGAUGGCAGCAUUCGUGGAAGCACACUUCUAAUCUCGACUUUUACGACCCAGACGCCAUGUUUACCAAUACCAAAUCAUGGCGUGCUGAUAAGUGCCCCCGUGUCAAAAUGGUUAAUUCGGCUCUUGCAUCACAUCAAGCCCCUUUUAUUAAAGACUUCACAAUUUCGAUUUAUGUACACAAAUCAGCACAUAGCACAAUCUCCAAAUGGCUUGAAUUCGCGCAGUCGAGACAAGUUGAGCGAUUGGAUUUGAACUUCAACUCUAUGAUUAAGAGUGAAAGGUGUGGGGUUGUGUUAGAAGAUUUGGUGCGAGAGAUGAGGCCUAUGAAAUAUCUCAAGGCUCUAUCUCUAACAGCUAUGAAAGUGAGUGGUCAAGACAUCUCCUAUUUCCUCAAAAGUUGUCCCAUGUUGAGGGAACUUAAUAUCACAAGAUCGUCUUUCACAUCUGAUGUUCAUGUCUCCGGCGAUUUGGAGAUUCUUCGGAUACAUAAAUGCACCUUUAGGAAAUUCGUUAUCGAAAUUUCUGCUCCACAUCUUUUUGAAAUUGUUGCUGAUGUUUAUGAAGUUCAUUCCAAAGCAAAACCAGGCGCCCUACGGUUCAGGAAUGUUCCAAGACUUGCCAUAGCAAGUCUUGAAAUGGGAAAUCUAAGAUAUAAUGCGGCCAAUUUUGCUUCAACAGUAUCUUGCUUUACUUCCCAUCUCCACCAUCUCCAAAAACUCGUAUUGUUUAUCUCAUCAAAACCUAAGAUUCAUUUAAGGGAAGAGCUUCCUUAUAUGCCUAAUCUAAAGGAGUUUUACAUUGUAGUUUCGCGUGUCCAUGCGCACCUCUGUCUUGUGCCGGUAACAUCUAUAAUAUCGGCAUGUCCUCAUCUUCAGAUGUUCACAUUCAAGUUUUAUAUGUAUGAAGAUGAUGAAAGAUGCCCAGACAACUAUGAAUAUAAGCAAAUUUAUGGCUAUGAACCAUCGCGUGUUUAUGGAUGCCCACACGAGCGUCUCAGAAUGUUAAAGUUUCAAGGAUCGUGUGCAACCGAUAUCGUCAAAUUGAUGACCUAUAUUUCAGGUCGUUGCGUUGAAUAUCAAAAGAUAAAUACUUGUACUCCAGAUAUGAGUGAGGCUAAGGUACAAGCUCAUAUGUGCCAUAUACAACAACUACAAUCCAAGUUACCUCAUCAAGUUGAAUUCAAGUUUUAUUAAUAUUCAUACAUUUCGAAUUCAAGUUGGAUAAUAUUCAUACACUUUCUUUGCCAA